AUGACAAAGCCAUAUGUAUCUGUGGAGUCUCCGAACGAUGUUAGGCUACCCUAUGGAGACGGGUCAAACAAAAUCUUUGGUAUGGAGAAUUUCGGGAACACUUGCUACUGCAAUUCGAUUCUCCAGUGCCUAUUCUACACUGAGAAGUUCCGGACGAAUUUGGUCAAACACCACAUGACCAACCACGAACCCAAGCUUGCUGUCAACGGAGUAAAGCAGCAUAAUUUCACUAUGAAAUACGAGCAGUUGGUGGCGAAGAAAAAUAGAGAACAAUCAAAAGGAUCCAGUACCCCCUUGAGCUCGUUCAACAAUUCCGUGAUAACCACUAAUUCCACAGAGGAUAGGCCCAAAUCUUCAAGAAAAGGGUCGAUCUUCGGCUUAAAAUUCAACACUUCAUUGACUUCUGGAAACGCUCCCAGUGCAAUUUCAAAUGAAGAUGUCAAGAAGUCAAUGAGUUACGUCGUGGAGGCGAAGAACUGUGAAGCACUUUCUCUUGACCAGAGAAUUAAGAUCAACAAAAAUCCCGAUUUCCAAAAAUUGAAUAUCUUGAUUACGAGACCGACUAUCCAGUCGUCGAAUUCUACCAAUAGAAAUGAUUACUCGCAGAGUUCGUACAUGUUGUUGAACAACGAUCAGACUCAGCAACAGCAGGUCCAGCAACAAGAGGGAACUAUCAGUAAUACAUCCAGUGCUAUUAUAGUAGGAAUCCCACACCCAGAACCUUUCUUAAUUACACCGAUCAACCCUUUUAACCCCAACCCUUCAUCCGACCAAAGAAAGAGAUCGGCCUUGAUCAAUGGACCUAUAAUCAAUCUUGACACGUCGUUGCAACUCCCUAGUGAGCAAUCGGAAGAUUCGGCCCUUCUAUAUGCAUUGAAAGAUAUGUUUGAAAGUAUGAUUGAAAACAAGUCGAUCUUCGGUGUAGUCUCGCCUGUGCACUUUAUCACGAAGUUGAAAGAAAAGAAUUUCUUGUUCAGACAGAACAAUAUGCACCAUGAUGCCCACGAGUUCUUCAAUUAUUUGAUCAACGAAAUCAUCGAGUGCUUGAAUAAGGAAAUCGGUGUCGACAACAACUGGUGCAACAAGAUCUUCCAAGGACUUAUCACCAAUGAGACAAGAUGCUUGUCCUGUGAAGCUAUCACCUCCAAACACGAAUUCUUCUUGGAUUUGUCGGUAGACAUCCCUCCUGGUGAGAGUGCUUAUUCAUUGACCUAUUCAUUGAAUAACUUCUCCAAGCUGGAAAUAUUGACUAACCAGAACAAGUUUUACUGUAACACGUGUUCUUCGUUGCAGGAGGCCGUGAAGACCAUCAAAUUGAAGAAGCUUCCUGAAGUGUUGGUGAUAAACUUCAAGCGAUUCAAGUAUGACGAGAAGGUGGACAAAAUGGUCAAAUUGUUUGAUUCUAUUAGCUACCCCUUCAAGUUGAGAAUAUUCAACACUACAGACGAUGAACGAGACUUUAGUCUCUAUGGGCUAUAUGCAUUGGUUAUUCACAUCGGGGGAGGACCCAUGCAUGGACAUUAUGUAGCAAUUUGUAAGAUUAAGGCAGGCUUAUGGUUACUAUUUGAUGACGAGACAGUUGAAUUGGUGGAAGAUUCGUUUGUCAUGCGGUUCUUUGGCAAUGGUCCAGGGUUAGCCAGUGCAUAUAUCUUAUUCUACCAAAAGUGCGAAGACGGCACUGAUGCCGAUGAUGCUAUAAACUUUGGGUUUAACGCUGGAGAUAUCUAUAAUGGCGAUGAGUUCACAUUGUUCCAACAAAUGGAAUGCAAUCCAAGCGACCCAUCUUUAAGAAAGCACUCGUUCAACCAUAAGGAGUCAGCGGAACCUACGGAAGAUGUACGCUCAGAAACUUCGUCUAUCAAUUCCUACAGUGGCUCUAAGGAGCCAGGUGCUACAGCUGAUAAGAAGGGGGGCUUGUUCAAAAAGAACUUCAAGUUUGAAGGUGGCAAAGAGGAAAAACCGUUGUCUCGAACCAGCAGCAUUGCGAAAAGCAACGAUGGAAAGGAAAAGAAGACGUGGGUCGGAGGUUUAAAGAGAAGAGAAAGUAAGGCAGAACAGAUUAUGGAACGGAAGGGAAGCAGCUCCAGUGCAACCUCUUCCGAGAAGAAGAAGAGUAUAUUUGGGUUCAAGCGAAAACAAACAUGAUCUUUAAAAAACACAGCCCCUGUAAAUAAGCGAUAAGAUGCAAAGAAGUGUCAAUAAGAUGGGGUCAUUCCUGAAUACAAAAACAGAUCUCUAGUGCUGCGAAACAAUAGUAAAUCCGAAUUCAUUCUGCGAUUUGAUUUGAGGAUCUGAGAAUUGCUGAGAAAUCACUUGCAGUUGCAAUCUGCGUACUUGCACACAAGUCUAAUCAUCAGGGAAAAGGUCACAUGAUAUUACGUGAACUUGAAAAAAAAGCUCAGUUGAAGAUCUGUGUCACGUGAAUUCCCUCAAAGGUCAAAAGCCAUGCUUUUUGGCCACAGUUUUUGAAUGGCUUCAACAGUUCUCAUUAGUAAUAUUGAUAGAAAAGGGAUUCUCCUUCUUCUCUGUUUGUUUAUAUAUCGUUUCUAAGUUCGCUGUUGCUUCUAGAAAUUGUUUCAAUUACUUCAUAAGGACGUAAAUCGUUGCAGAUCUCAUUCAUCUUUCGCAGUUUUAGACUUUUUUUCACUUUACGAAUCAUAAUUUCUUCCAUAUUAUUG